UCACAGCAAUAGCCAUGGUGAAGGGGCGUCAAGGAGAAACUAUCAGGCUUUAUGUGCGAGGCACGAUUUUAGGAUACAAAAGAUCGAAGUCAAAUCAGUAUCCGAGCACUUCAUUGUUACAGAUCGAGGGAGUUAACACAAAAGAGGAAGUUACAUGGUACUACCAAGAGAAACGCAUUGCCUAUAUAUACAAGGCCAAGGUGAAGAAGAACGGAUCACACUGA